AUGGCGACUUCCAGGCUUCCUUUUUUCCUUCUAUCUGUCGUCCUCUUUUCUCUCUUGCAAACACCCACUUAUGCUGGCAAAAAGUCUUAUGUGGUAUAUCUGGGAGGACAUUCCCAUGUCUCAGAACCUUCAUCCACUGAUUUCGAUCGAGUAACAGAUUCUCAUUACGAGUUCCUCGGAUCAUUCUUGGGAAGCAAAGAGAAGGCCAAAGCAGCUAUUUUUUACUCAUAUACAAAGCAUAUUAAUGGUUUUUCUGCUACACUCGAAGAAGAAGAAGCAGCCGAGAUUGCAAAACAUCCGAGAGUUGUAUCGGUUUUCUUGAAUCAAGGAAGGAAAUUACACACAACCAGGUCGUGGGAUUUUCUUGGUCUGGGGAGGAUUAAUGGUGUAGAUCCAUCAGGAUCAUCACUUUGGCUCAAGGCCAGAUUUGGCGAAGAUACAAUCAUAGGAAACCUCGACUCUGGUGUGUGGCCUGAAUCAAAGAGCUUUAGCGACGAUGGAUAUGGACCCAUUCCCUCAAAGUGGAAAGGAAUUUGUCAGAAGGGUGGUAGCAAUGACACAUUCGUCUGCAACAGGAAGCUAAUCGGAGCAAGGUAUUUCAACAAAGGGUACUCCUCCUACGUGGGUCCUCUGGACUCUUCCUAUGACACCGCACGCGACAAUGAAGGGCAUGGAUCACACACUCUUUCCACGGCCGGCGGCAACUUUGUUCCCGGUGCCAGCAUCUUUGGUUACGGCCAAGGAAUAGCAAAGGGUGGCUCCCCUAGGGCCCGAGUGGCUGCUUACAAGGUAUGCUGGCCUCCAGUCGGUGACAGUGGUGAGUGCUUCGAUGCUGAUAUCAUGGCUGCCUUCGAUGCCGCCAUCCACGACGGGGUUGAUGUCCUAUCCAUCUCGCUUGGUGGCUCUCCUGAUUAUUAUUUUGAAGAUGGUCUGUCAAUUGGAGCAUUUCAUGCCGUUAAGAAGGGGAUAGUCGUAGUUUGCUCAGCCGGCAAUUCAGGACCGACUGAUGGUUCUGUCUCCAAUGUUUCGCCAUGGAUGAUUACGGUGGGAGCGAGCACCAUCGAUCGGGAGUUCGCAUCUUACGUUGUCCUCGGCAAUAAGCUCUACUUUAAAGGAGAGAGUCUUUCAACAAAUGGGUUGCCGGUGAAAGAGUUCUAUCCUCUGAUAAGCGCCGGUGAUGCCAAAGCAGCUAAUGCAUCAACAAAUGAUGCUCUCCUGUGCAAGGCCGGAGCGCUGGACCCAGAGAAGGUGAGGGGUAAAAUCUUGACCUGCCUCCGAGGCGAGACAGCUAGAGUUGACAAGGGAGAGCAGGCUGCCCGGGCCGGUGCUGUGGGCAUGAUUCUUGCCAACGAUGUAACCACCGCAAAUGAAAUUAUUGCCGAUGCUCACGUCCUCCCUGCUUCACAUAUCACCUACACUGAUGGUCUUGCCGUCUUCGCUUAUAUCAAUUCUACCAAGUCUCCUGUGGCUUAUCUUACACAUGGCACAACUCUGUUGGGUGUCAAGCCGGCUCCUUUCAUGGCCUCUUUCUCUUCCAAGGGACCCAAUCUUGUUACACCAGAGAUCCUCAAGCCUGAUAUUACUGCACCUGGGGUGAAUAUCAUAGCUGCCUUCACCGAAGCACAGGGAGCCGCAAGUGAGAACGACAAGCGCAUCGUUCCAUUCAACAUAAUGUCUGGCACAUCGAUGUCAUGUCCUCAUGUUUCCGGCGUUGCCGGCCUCCUCAAAACACUCCACCCAGAUUGGAGCCCCGCUGCAGUUAAAUCGGCCAUCAUGACAACCGCUGGAGCAAGAGACAACAUAGGGGAACAAAUCCUUAAUUCGUCACACGUCGAAGCAACCCCAUUCAGUUACGGUGCGGGUCAUGUCCAACCAAACCGUGCCAUGGAUCCUGGGUUGGUCUAUGACUUGACUGUGAAGGACUACCUGGAUUUCCUAUGCGCCCUGGGCUACAACCAGACCCAAAUCGAAACUUUCUCGGAUAAGCCUUAUACAUGCCCCAAAUCCGCCACUCUCAUGGACUUCAACUACCCUUCCAUCACUGUGCCCAAUCUCUCCGGCUCCGCCACCGUGACUCGAACACUUAAGAACGUUGGUACUCCGGGAACAUACACGGCUAGUGUUGAUGCACCAAACGGAAUUUCAGUAUCCGUGGAGCCAGCGAGUCUGAAAUUCGAGAAGAUGGGAGAAGAGAAGACAUUUAGGCUAACUCUGAAGACCAACAAAGCUGAUGCGGCUAUGGAUUAUGUGUUUGGUCAGUUGAUAUGGUCAGACGGUCUGCAUUACGUGAGAAGUCCAAUUGUGGUUAAGGCCAAAACUGAAUAGGUCGUAGGCUGCUGGUUGCU